AUGAUCAGCUCAAUUAUUGAACCACAACAAGAAAAUCCCCUUGCAGAGAAGUACUUUAAAACGAUUGAUGCUCUCACUACCACAGACUUGGAAGAAAUUGAACAAUUACUCACCAAAGUCUCCUCUCCAAAGCUCAAACAACUACUCCAACGAGAUUUAAAUUUGGCACGAUCUAAACUUGUUACCCGAUUAUUGAAUGAGAGUGUUGAAAAGGAGAAUGAAAAAAGAGGAUACUUUGUAAAGAAAAAGACGGUUGUCGUUGAGAGAGAAAUUGAAGUGGUCGAAGAAGAUGAGGAAGGCUUCAUUGCUCAACACAUUAAAGGUUACAAGGAAAAGGUGAGAAGCAUCAAACAAAUUAUGCCAGACAAGAAAACAAAAGAGAUCAGAGAUGCUUUGAUUAGAUGUAAAGGUCGUGAAGAGGAAGCAAUGGAAGGGUUAUUGACUGGUGAAUUGCCAAAACGUCCUCAAAUUCCAAAGAUCAAAGUUAAACGUGUUGUGAAGGAAACAAAAGAAGUUAUUGAAACUGAGGAACAAAAUAACGGUAAACAAAGAGAAAAACCUCCAGUUAAUUACUUUGAAGAUAUUACUCUCCCUAAAUAUGAGAAUAAUGUUGAAAUUCUCACAGAUAGAAUUAAUAGAAUGAAAGAAAUGAUUGACUUAGAAAAGAAGGAAACAGCCAGAUUGACAAAACAGGUUGAACAAUUUCGUUCCAAAUCAAGCUCAACUGGAUUGUCUGAUUGGAUUGGAAAUUCGACUUCUAGCACUUCCACAUCUGAAGGCCUCAACGACGAAGAAGAGGCAAAGAGGAAUAGAAUGUAUCUUCCUGGUGAAUAUGACACAUUGGAAAGAGAUGAAGCUCGUACAUUCACUUUCAAACCUGAAAGAACCUUCAGUAAUGAAGUGUCACACAUUCACUUUAGAGUUGCUGAAAGUGAAUUUUAUAGACUUUGCCAACAAAAAUCACAGUUCAAGGUUACCGAGGUGAAAUAUAUAGUUACGUCAUGGCUUGUAAAAGCAUUUGAGCAAGCUCGCCACAAUAUUGCCUAUGACAUGGACACCAAAUAUUCACAAGUGAAACCAAUCUUAACUUUUAUGGAUAUUGAGGACUAUUCAGACGAUAAUAUUGAUUGGAUUUGCAAAAACAAUGUUAAAACCUCAGCACCUUAUGUCUUUACAAAUUCACCAACACAUGCUAGCCCCGUUAUCACCAAAGAAAAGAAAAUCAUGCUGUUCUUGGUAUUGCCUGGAAGAACUGGCAGCAAGGACUAUGCAAAGAUGAAGGCCACAAACAUUAAUGAAUUGAAGUCAAACCAUUCGCUCAAGAGCUCUGAUGGUAUGAGCUUUGUGUUAUUCAAUAAGGAUCUCAUUCUUCCAUACUACAUUGUCACAUACGAAACUUCUACACAAACCACGGUUAAUUAUAAUUAUAACAAUCCACAAAAUCCUUAUGGUGUUGUGAGAUUGGACGAAGAAUGGAAGAAUAUUGAGGCCAAUGCUCAAGCAGAUAAAUUCAUGAAUGACGUUAAAGAAUUUUAUCAAAAGGCACUUCUCUCCACUUCAAAGGAGAGAGUCUUAGAUCCAACAACCUUUGCGCAAGAAGCUGAAGAUCCUUCUCCAGGUAGUGCCAUGAGUGGCGGUGGUGACUUUGAAAUGGACUUGAAUGACGACACUCCAACACCCAAUACUGCCACUUCCCAAAAAUUCAAUUUCCAAGACGAGUAA